CGCGUUCGUUCGUUGUUCAUCGUGUUGCUCGAACGAGAACCAUUUCCCGGCACUUUCAUCUUACUCAUCGAGGACGGCAAAAAAACCUUUAUAAAGUCGUAUUUAAUUCAAUCGGGGUGCUACGAAUCAAUUUGGAAACUAUCCAGAAAAAUCCGGCGUGAUAAUAAACUAUCACAGUGGUCCAGGCUUUGUGUUUGAGGGGCAGUUGAAGUUACUUUUGUUAUAAACAAAUUAGAAAAGGAAGAAAAAUGGCUGAUGAACAAAAGAGCGAUGAACACAUCAACUUGAAAGUCCUGGGACAAGACAAUGGGAUUGUUCAAUUCAAGAUUAAAAAACACACGGCUUUGAGGAAGUUAAUGAACGCAUACUGUACUAAAGCGGGUCUCUCGAUGCAGGUUGUCCGGUUUCGAUUUGAUGGUCAGCCCAUCAACGAGAGCGACACACCCGCAACCUUAGAAAUGGACGAAGGUGACACCAUCGAAGUCUACCAGCAACAAACCGGAGGAUGCUCGCAAUUAUAAAAGGAGCCCCCAGAUCUCCUGUUGUAACAGCGCAGCGCCCUCACCUAAAUUAUUUUUAAGGUUUAAUAUCUAAGCAUUCUUAUUAAUUUUAAAUAAAGUAUGAAUUUUCAAUUCUGUUUUGUUUCUGAUAAAUCAAAAAUAAAUGAGCCCCAGUAGUAGUAAAAGUGAAAAAAUGAAAUCAACAUUGAAUCGAUAUUUUUCUUUUAUACGAUUCCUCUGUGGAUAGAUGGACGGUGUGAUGGA